UCGCGUUAGUUUGACGUCACAAUAGGGUCGCCGCAACAUACAGACACGCCAUUUUUACUCGUCUCUGUACCCCGCGAUUGCAAAGCGAUUCGGGCGAUUUAUCGACUCGGUUUCUUAGUGAGUUGCAAAAAAAAUGCAAGGAAACCGAGGCCCUCAACAGAACCAUGGUCCAAACUGUCAGUCUGGCCAGGGAGACCAGAAGAAACAUGGAGGAAAUGCGAACGGCCAGGAGCCGAGCGACACAACCCGCCCGAACGAGGCCCUCACACUGGACCUGCAAAGCUUCAGGAAGCCUGGUGAGAAAACCUUCACCCAGCGCAGCAGGCUGUUUGUCGGAAACCUGCCUGCCGGGGUCACGGAGGAGGACAUUGAAAAGCUGUUUGCAAAGUACGGCAAGGCCACUGAGGUUUUUGUCAACAAGGACCGAGGCUUCGGCUUCAUCCGCCUGGAGACUAGAAUUAUCGCAGAGAUCGCCAGAGCUGAGCUGGAUGAUGCCCCGUUCAGAGGUAGACCCAUCCGCGUUAGGUUUGCAACACACGGUGCUGCUCUGUCUGUAAAAAAUCUGCCAGACUUUGUGUCCAAUGAGCUGCUGGAGGAGGCGUUCUCCGUUUUUGGGCAGAUUGAGCGAGCUGUGAUCAUUGUGGACGACCGAGGGAGACCCACUGGAAAAGGCAUUGUGGAGUACACUUCCAAACCAGCCGCAAGAAAGGCUCUGGACAAAUGCAAUGAUGGCGCCUAUCUCCUUACAGCCUUCCCUCGCCCCAUCACCGUGGAGCCUAUGGAGCAGCUCGAUGAUGAGGAGGGUCUGUCCGAGAAACUCAUAAACAAGAACCAGCAGUACCAUAAAGAACGCGAGCAGCCGCCGCGAUUCGCUCAGCCGGGCUCCUUUGAGUACGAGUACGCUAUGCGCUGGAAGGCGCUGAUGGAGAUGGAGAAGCAACAGUACGAGAUGGUGGACCGCAACAUGAAAGAGGCUCAGGAGAAGCUGGAGGCUGAGAUGGAGGCAGCACGACAUGAGCAUCAGGUGAUGCUGAUGAGACAAGACCUGCUGAGGCGGCAAGAGGAGUUGCGCAGGAUGGAGGAGCUCCACAGCCAAGAAGUGCAGAAGCGAAAGCAGGCUGAGCUCCGGCAAGAGGAGGAACGCCGGCGGAGGGAGGAGGAGAUGCGCAUGCGCAAUGAGGAGCUGAUGAAACGUCAGCAGGAGGGCUUCAGGGGCAGCUUUCAGGGAGAGAGCCGCGAGCAAGACAUGAGGAUGCACAUGGGCCCCACUGGCAUGCCGGCAGACAGCGCUCCUCUCAUGGUGGGCCCGGGCAAUGCCAGCAUGCCUGGAGGUCAGGGGGGCUUCCCCAGAGGCCUCCCCGGACCAGGGGACUAUGUACCGAACAAGCAACGCAGAUUUUAAAUCCUGUUUGCAUACUCAACUGUUUUUUGUUUGUUUUUUCAAAGACAUGAUAGUUCUGAGAUUCACUUUUGUCUUUUUUUUUUUUUUUAAAGUGGCAUGUAUGUUUAUUUUCCCUUACAUAGUACUUUUGCAUUAGCUUUUUUUUUUUUUUUUUUUUUUUAAACUUCUCAAUUGAGCCAUGUUUUAUUUUUUUCGUAUGGAUAUAAAAAGAUAUUUGUUCUGAAUUUGUUGUUUUCUGUAAUUAAAUUCUAUAUGAAAACCUCUGAGAGUCAAGUUCCUUUUGAAAAGACAAGAACAAACACGCAAUUUUUGGGAUAGCUAAAUCAACCAAGUUUGUCACUGAUAAGCAUAGUCCUGACAAUACGUUAUCAUUGAGGAACUAAUUCAUCUUCAACAAUCCCUUCGAUGAUUCACAAGAUGGCGCCGAUACUGUAUGCAACCUAACCCAAUAUUGUAUGUUGUAGAUAUAACUAAAUCUUUGAGGUAAUUACAGAUGAGGUGGUCAAAUAUUGUACAUAGAGGACCAACAAGCCAUGACAAGGUGUUUUAUUUUGUUUCUAAUUUGUGAAGAGUAAGUUAUUAAUUAAAAGCACUAUUGAUCAGAACAUGCCAACUUAUCAUGAGUCAUUAUUGCAGGAAAGGAAUCCCCUUUCCUAUAUCACCAAAGGUGUGUCACAGUCUGCAGACUAUAUGAGUCAAUAAACUUAAUUUCCUGCUA